UGGGGAAACGGGAGCCAGGUCUGCUGCCCUGCUCGUCCUGCUUACCCCUGCACCUUUACAGGCUCCCAGCUCCCCUUGGUUCCCCAGUUCCCCCUGCCAAGCCCAUCUCAAUAUGGCCCAUUGUCUUUCUCCAGCUCCCUGGGUCUGGUCCCAUGCUCCCGGCCACACCUCACGUCUUGGCUACCGUUGUGGCUUCCAGUUGUUCAAAGCAGCUGUGGUGGCUUCCUCCAAAAGUGGCUACGGAUCAGCAACAGAUGAAACCCAAGGGGCUAUUUAUAGCAGGGUGGCCCUGGGGCCUGGAGCAGGGCCUAGGGCCUGGGGAGAUUCAGGGACUCCUCAUUAGGGACUAGUGGAAUGGAGAUAGAUGAAGUGUUGGGUUUCUGUGUUCCACUGAGCGGGUAGUUUUGGAACAGCCUGGUUUGGGUCUUGAAAACCAAACACAAUCACUCCUUGACUCCCAGCUCCACCCUUCUCUAAUCCCCCCACCCCCAAGCUUGACUCAUGCAAACUGGAGUCCUCAGGGCCAGAAGAGCUGUGAGACUUAGAAACUUCCCCCCGAUAGCCGCACUUGGCUCUUCCUUCCUUCACUGCUGCGGGGCUGCUCAUUGGUCCGAGGCAGCUGGGACAGAGCGGACUCUGGGCAGAGCCUUCUUCCCGAAGGCUGGAUGGAGGGUCCCCCUCUUAGCAGAGCUGCUCUAACUUGGGGCUCAGCUGGGAGCUGGGCCUCGGAGCCCACCUAUCCUGCCUCGUAGGCACUGCAGAGCCAGGAGAGGGGUGCAGGGUCUCCUCUUCUUGGAGACCCCAUGGUCAAGCCCCGGGUUGGAGUGUGAAUCCUGCCUGGCCAUCAACUUCCUAGGGACUUGAGGGGCUCCGCCAGGGUCACCCCGAGUGUCCAGCCCCACCUCCAGCCCAUCAGAAACAUGAGUGUGAGCCGGACCAUGGAGGACAGCUGUGAGCUGGACCUGGUGUACGUCACAGAGAGGAUCAUCGCUGUCUCCUUCCCCAGCACAGCCAAUGAGGAGAACUUCCGGAGCAACCUCCGUGAGGUGGCCCAGAUGCUCAAGUCCAAACAUGGAGGCAACUACCUGCUGUUCAACCUCUCUGAGCGGAGACCUGACAUCACGAAGCUCCAUGCCAAGGUACUGGAAUUUGGCUGGCCCGACCUCCACACCCCAGCCCUGGAGAAGAUCUGCAGCAUCUGUAAGGCCAUGGACACAUGGCUCAACGCAGACCCCCACAAUGUCGUUGUUCUACACAACAAGGGAAACCGAGGCAGGAUAGGAGUUGUCAUCGCGGCUUACAUGCACUACAGCAACAUUUCUGCCAGUGCGGACCAGGCUCUGGACCGGUUUGCAAUGAAGCGGUUCUAUGAGGAUAAGAUUGUGCCCAUUGGCCAGCCAUCCCAAAGAAGGUAUGUGCAUUACUUCAGCGGCCUGCUCUCCGGCUCCAUCAAAAUGAACAACAAGCCCUUGUUUCUGCACCACGUGAUCAUGCACGGCAUCCCCAACUUUGAGUCUAAAGGAGGAUGUCGGCCAUUUCUCCGCAUCUACCAGGCCAUGCAACCUGUGUACACGUCUGGCAUCUACAACAUCCCAGGAGACAGCCAGACUAGCGUCUGCAUCACCAUCGAGCCAGGACUGCUCUUGAAGGGAGACAUCUUGCUGAAGUGCUACCACAAGAAGUUCCGAAGCCCAGCCCGAGACGUCAUCUUCCGUGUGCAGUUCCACACCUGUGCCAUCCAUGACCUGGGGGUUGUCUUUGGGAAGGAGGACCUUGAUGAUGCUUUCAAAGAUGAUCGAUUUCCAGAGUAUGGCAAAGUGGAGUUUGUAUUUUCUUAUGGGCCAGAGAAAAUUCAAGGCAUGGAGCACCUGGAGAACGGGCCGAGCGUGUCUGUGGACUAUAACACCUCCGACCCCCUCAUCCGCUGGGACUCCUACGACAACUUCAGUGGGCAUCGAGAUGACUGCAUGGAGGAGGUGGUGGGACACACGCAGGGGCCACUAGAUGGGAGCCUGUAUGCCAAGGUGAAGAAGAAAGACUCCCUGCAUGGCAGCACCGGGGCUGUCAAUGCCACACGUCCUACACUGUCGGCCACCCCCAACCACGUGGAACACACACUUUCAGUGAGCAGCGACUCGGGCAACUCCACAGCCUCCACCAAGACAGACAAGACUGAUGAGCCUGUCCCCGGGGCCUCCAGUGCCCCUGCUGCCCUGAGUCCCCAGGAGAAGCGGGAGCUGGACCGCCUGCUGAGUGGCUUUGGCUUUGAGCGAGAGAAGCAAGGCGCCAUGUACCACACCCAGCACCUCAGGUCCCGCCCAGCGGGGGGCCCGGCUGUGCCCUCCUCUGGACGCCAUGUUGUCCCUGCCCAGGUUCAUGUCAAUGGCGGGGCAUUAGCUUCUGAGCGGGAGACAGACAUCCUGGAUGAUGAGUUGCCAAACCAGGAUGGUCACAGUGCGGGCAGCGUGGGCACACUGUCUUCCCUGGACGGGGUCACCAACACCAGUGAGGGGGGCUACCCAGAGGCCCUGUCCCCACUGACCAAUGGUCUGGACAAGCCCUACCCCAUGGAGCCUAUGGUCAAUGGAGGAGGCUACCCCUACGAGUCUGCCAGCCGGGCAGGGCCUGCCCAUGCUGGCCACACGGUCCCCAUGCGGCCCUCCUACUCUGCACAGGAGGGUUUAGCUGGCUACCAGCGGGAGGGGCCCCACCCAGCCUGGCCACAGCCAGUGACCACCUCCCACUAUGCCCAUGACCCCAGCAGUAUGUUCCGCUCUCAAUCCUUUUCGGAAGCCGAACCUCAGCUGCCCCCAGCUCCAGUUCGAGGGGGAAGCAGCCGGGAGGCUGUGCAGAGGGGGCUGAAUUCAUGGCAGCAGCAGCAGCAGCAGCAGCAGCAGCCGCAGCCGCAGCCUCAGCCUCGCCCACCUCCACGCCAGCAGGAAAGAGUCCACUUGGAGAGUCUUGUAGCCAGCAGGCCCAGCCCUCAGCCAUUGGCAGAGACCCCCAUCCCCAGUCUCCCUGAGUUCCCGCGGGCAGCCUCCCAGCAGGAGAUUGAACAGUCCAUCGAAGCACUCAACAUGCUGAUGCUGGACCUGGAGCCAGCCUCCACUGCUGCCCCACUACAUAAGUCCCAGAGUGUCCCCGGGGCCUGGCCAGGGGCUUCUCCACUCUCCUCUCAGCCCCUCUCCGGAUCCUCCCGUCAGUCCCAUCCACUGACCCAAUCCAGAUCUGGCUACAUCACCAGUGGGCAUUCGUUGGGAACCCCUGAGCCAGCCCCACGGGCCUCUCUGGAGUCUGUCCCUCCUGGCAGGUCUUACUCACCUUAUGAUUAUCAGCCGUGUUCAGCUGGGCCUAACCAGGAUUUCCGUUCAAAGAGCCCAGCCUCUUCCUCCUUGCCUGCCUUCCUUCCGACCACCCACAGCCCUCUAGGGCCUCAGCAACCCCCAGCCUCCCUCCCUGGCCUCACUGCUCAGCCUCUGCUCUCACCAAAGGAAGUGACUUCAGAUCCCUCCCGGACUCCAGAGGAGGAGCCAUUGAAUUUGGAAGGGCUGGUGGCCCACAGGGUAGCAGCAUACAAUGCCAAGCUGCAGGGCAUCGGACACAGUGGCAGCUUCCCGCCCCCUCCUCACCACCGGCUCCGAUCUUCCUCCCUCUCCGGGGUGCAGGCUCGGGAGAAGCAGCCUGCAGAGCCCCCAGCCCCUCUGCGGAGGCGGGCGGCCAGUGAUGGACAGUAUGAGAACCAGUCUCCAGAAGCCACAUCCCCUCGUAGCCCUGGGGUUCGCUCCCCUGUCCAGUGUGUCUCCCCCGAGCUGGCUCUUACCAUCGCUCUCAAUCCUGGAGGGCGGCCCAAAGAGCCCCAUUUGCACAGCUACAAGGAGGCCUUCGAGGAGAUGGAGGGAACCUCCCCGAGCAGCCCACCGCCGAGUGGGGUGCGGUCCCCCCCGGGUCUGGCCAAGACACCCCUGUCUGCUCUGGGCCUGAAACCCCACAACCCAGCAGACAUCCUGUUGCACCCCACAGGAGUUACCAGAAGAUGUAUCCAGCCAGAGGAAGAUGAGGGGAAGGUGGUGGUCAGGCUCUCAGAAGAGCCCCGGAGCUAUGUGGAGUCUGUGGCACGGACAGCUGUGGCUGGGCCCCGAGCUCAGGACUCUGAGCCCAAGAGCUUUAGCGCUCCAGCCGCCCAGGCCUAUGGCCACGAGAUACCCCUGAGGAACGGGACCCUGGGUGGAUCCUUUGUCUCCCCCAGCCCCCUCUCCACCAGCAGCCCCAUCCUUAGUGCUGACAGCACUUCAGUGGGGAGUUUCCCAUCCGGAGAGAGCAGUGACCAGGGUCCCCGGACGCCCACCCAGCCUUUGUUGGAGUCUGGCUUCCGCUCCAGCAGCCUGGGACAGCCCAGCCCGUCUGCCCAGAGAAACUACCAGAGCUCUUCUCCUCUCCCGACUGUGGGCAGUAGCUACAGCAGCCCCGACUACUCACUUCAGCAAUUCAGCUCGUCUCCAGAAAGCCAGGCCCGAGCUCAGUUCAGUGUGGCUGGCGUCCACACCGUGCCUGGGAGCCCUCAGGCGCGUCACAGAACAGUGGGCACCAACACUCCCCCUAGCCCUGGCUUCGGCCGGCGGGCCAUCAACCCCAGCAUGGCUGCCCCCAGCAGUCCCAGUUUGAGCCAUCGCCAGGUGAUGGGUCCACCAGGCACUGGCUUCCAUGGUAGCACGGUCUCCAGCCCCCAGAGCAGUGCAGCGACCACCCCGGGGAGCCCCAGCCUGGGUCGGCACCCAACAGGGGCCUACCAGGUUUCUGGCCUCCACAACAAUGUGGCCACCACCCCCGGAAGUCCCAGCCUGGGCCGGCACCCUGGGACUCACCAAGGCAACCUGGCCUCCGGUCUCCAUGGCAAUGCAGUACCCAGCCCUGGAAGCCCCAGCCUGGGCCGUCACCUGGGAGGGUCUGGAUCUGUGGUUCCUGGCAGCCCCUGCUUGGACCGGCAUGUGGCCUAUGGUGGCUACUCUACCCCCGAGGAUCGGAGACCCACAGUGUCCCGGCAGAGCAGUGCCUCUGGCUACCAGGCUCCUUCCACGCCCUCCUUCCCUGUCUCCCCUGCCUACUACCCUGGCCUGAGCAGCCCUGCCACCUCCCCGUCGCCGGACUCAGCAGCCUUCCGGCAAGGGAGCCCAACACCGGCCUUGCCAGAGAAGCGAAGGAUGUCGGUGGGAGACCGGGCAGGCAGCCUCCCCAACUAUGCCACCAUCAACGGGAAGGUGUCUUCGCCUGUCGCCAGUGGCAUGUCCAGUCCCAGCGGGGGCAGCACUGUCUCCUUCUCCCACACUCUGCCCGACUUCUCCAAGUACUCCAUGCCAGACAACAGCCCGGAGACACGGGCUAAAGUGAAGUUUGUCCAGGACACUUCUAAGUAUUGGUACAAGCCUGAGAUCUCCAGGGAGCAGGCCAUCGCACUCCUCAAGGACCAGGAGCCCGGGGCCUUCAUCAUCCGUGACAGUCACUCCUUCCGAGGCGCCUACGGGCUGGCCAUGAAGGUGUCUUCGCCACCUCCAACCAUCAUGCAGCAGAAUAAAAAAGGAGACAUGACCCAUGAGCUGGUCAGGCAUUUUCUGAUAGAGACCGGCCCCAGAGGAGUCAAGCUCAAGGGUUGCCCCAAUGAGCCAAACUUCGGAUCGCUGUCUGCCCUGGUCUACCAGCACUCUAUCAUUCCAUUGGCCCUGCCUUGCAAGCUGGUCAUUCCAAAUCGAGACCCCACAGAUGAAUCGAAAGAUAGCUCCGGCCCUGCCAAUUCAACAGCAGACCUGCUGAAACAAGGGGCAGCCUGCAAUGUGCUCUUCAUCAACUCUGUGGACAUGGAGUCACUCACUGGGCCACAGGCCAUUUCCAAAGCCACAUCUGAGACAUUGGCUGCAGACCCCACGCCAGCUGCCACCAUCGUUCACUUCAAAGUCUCUGCCCAGGGAAUCACUCUGACUGACAACCAGAGAAAGCUCUUUUUCAGACGCCACUACCCCCUCAAUACUGUCACCUUCUGUGACCUGGAUCCACAGGAAAGAAAGUGGAUGAAAACAGAGGGUGGUGCCCCUGCUAAGCUCUUCGGCUUUGUGGCCCGGAAGCAGGGCAGCACCACGGACAACGCCUGCCACCUCUUUGCUGAACUUGACCCCAACCAGCCGGCCUCUGCCAUCGUCAACUUCGUCUCCAAGGUCAUGCUGAACGCUGGCCAAAAGAGAUGAACCCUGCCUCUUGCCCAGGGCCAGUGCCUUGGGGAAGGGGCGCGUGGGGAGGGGACCCGUGAAUCCUGACCACUCUUGAACCCAGAAGGAGGACUUUGGGCCAAUUUCGGAGGAGAGAAGAAAGUGCAACGUGGGGAGAGGGAAGUGAAUUGCAGAGGGGAGGGGGAAGAGAGAGAGAGAAAGAGGGAAAGCAAAAGAUGGAGGAGAAGAACUUGGAUUCCCCUGGGUAGAUGGAAACUGCAAAAACCCAAAGCCUCCAAAACUAACCAGGUCCGCCUAAUACCCCCUCCCUACCCCGAGAAGAUGGAUGUCCUCAAAAGAGAAGGAACAAACCUCCUUGGGAAUCCACAAUUUUGGCGGGGGGGGUGGAUGGAAAAGCUCUGUCUCCUUAACUCAACUGCUUUGCAAGGGGAAAUCAAGCUGGGAGAAUCUUUUUCUGGCCACCUGUAGGGUAGAUUGUCAAACCAAACAGAGCCACCGUGGGACAUCAAGUGGCAGAACUUGUUCGCUUGAAAGUAUCUCAGACCCAAGGCACCUCAGGUCUCUUUGCUGUGCCUUCACUAUAUUGUUGUGUGAGUGUGUGUCUGCACCCACAUCCUCACACAUUGAUCUAGUUCAGCCUUUAUCCACUCGAAUUAUAAACAGCUCGGCUUGUCCUUGUCCCAUGUGUUUGUAGACACACAUGCAUAUUGUCCAAAGAUUAGGGUUGGCGGUGGCAGGCCAGCAGGGGAGGGACAAACAACCAAGCUGUGGGUGGCAGAGGCUCUCUCCUGGUGCCUGCACCUGCACUCUAGUGGCCCUGGGUGCCGCCAGACCCUUCUCCUCUGCAAAGACCCCAGCAGGAGUGGGAGGGUCUGCAAUGGCAUCACCCUGUCCCGCCUUGGCCAGAAGGCUGGAGCUUUGGUUUGAGGAGGUAGAAAUAUGUGUGUCCAUACGAAGAGAUCUGUGAGAACAGGCAGCUGUUGAGCUCAGAGUGUCUUCCCCAAGGCCUGUGGCUCAGCAGCAAGGAAGGCAAUGUGCUCCUGCUGGGGCCCUGGACUCUGCCUUAGCUCCCACCUCUCAGCCCUGUUCCUGGGUUUCAUGCCCCAGGACCAGCCUUAUCUCAGACCUGCUUACCUGCAUGAUGCCUUUUCAGGGGCUGGGGAUUGAGCCUUCCUGCUCUGCCCAGCCCUGUUCUAUUCUGCAGGGUCCCUGUGUUGGAAUUCACCCUGGGGAACCUGCUUCCUGCUCAGUGAGGCUCAGGGGAGAAACCUGGAGUCCUUAUCCUCCCCUCUGUAAGUGUUUUAGGGUCUGGCUUUUGCAGGCACCCUCUGACCUCAGCAGAGCUCCUGGGGCUGCUACCUGUACACCGUAUCGCCUACCUACAAUGCCAAACCUCACUGUCACCCUUUCUGCCUUGGUUUCCCCAGCUGAGCCACACUGCCCAUGCAGCAGAGGGCAGAAGGCUUGCACUUGGGCCAAAGGGCCUAAGGUCCACUGGACAGUUGGGAAGACACCUGACCACCAUUUAAGGACUCUAAGCCAGAAUGGAAAAUUCACCAGGACUCCAUUCUUAAGCCUAUGGGGGUCCCCUAGAGAGAGGCAUUGUACUGAUGUAUAAAUAUUAUAUAAUAUAUACAUGAGACAUACUGACAGAAUCUGUAAGCUAAUAAAAUGUAAGAAAAGGUUAAAAAAAGAAUAGGUAAAUUGACAAGAAGUAUUUAUUGUUUUUCCAUAUUGCUUUAUUGCCUUCCCUGGGUAUAAACCAAUUCCUAUCCCUUUUUACAUAUGUAAGUAAAGCCUGAAAUGUAGGGGGCCUUUGUUCUUGGAGCAGCCAGGGUCUCCUUGCCCUGGCCUUGGCCUUCCCUAGACUGUGUGGGGCUCAGUGUUGGGAGGGGUUGCAUAUGUUCCACCCUUUGGCCCCGUUACUUUUCAGCAAGCCAGGGGCCCAGCAGUCAGCCCCCAGGAUGUGUGGGGAGCUGUCCCUGCCUCUGCAGGCCUGAGCAAGUGUGUGAGCAUGCGGGGACAUGGGUGUGUGUGGCACACAUAGGGGUGUGUGUGCCUUUUGUAUUUUUUCUCCUCCAAGGAGCUGUGUCAGUGUGGACUUUCUAUUUGAGGGAGUUGGAAAGGAGGGUGUCUGCAGAAGGUGGAGAGCAGGGGCAGAGGCCCCACCGGCCACCCCCUGCUUACCAGAGUGAAACCUUGUGCCUGGUGAUCGAAGUCCCUCCAAAGUGCUCUUCCUUCUGAGAUAUUCAAGCCAAAUAUCUGGGUUUCCCCCUCUCCUCAUUCCCUAGCAAACCCCAGUUAUCUCCCAAGAUAGGAGAUAUUUCCCAUCCCCUUCCUUUGUAAAUAUCUCAUCUCCCACUGGACAGCCCAGGAGCCUCUUCCUGGCAUGGAUGUUCUGUCCACACUUGAGGCUGGGCGAUGUAUCAGACCCUUCAAGCAGCCUGGCUGGUGCCCGGGACUGAGUCUGGGGUCAGCUUUCAUAGUCGCUUUCCUCUUCCUCACCACCCACCGCAGCCCACCUUGCAUGCAUGACCAGCCCCUCCAUUCCAGCCUGAGCUGUGUGUGCCCCUGCGGGAGGACCCAUUGAUGCCAGAAAGCUGGUAACUCCCUCCCAGCAUCCCUGCGGAAGGAGUCAGUUUCUGAGAGUGUGGCCUUUCAAGGUGAAUGAUGAGGAAGGGUUUCCCAGUCCCCACAGUGGCCCCACCUCUGGGCCCUGCACCAGAGCCCUCCUGUGUCACAGGGAGCUGUGCAGCCAUGCACACGCCUACGCACACACACCACUCCACGCACACACCACUCCGCACUGCAGUAUAUUCUUGCCAAAGAUUUCCUUUAAAAGAAAGCACUUUUACUAAUUAUUAUUUUGUAAAUGUUUAUCCUCUUCUGUCUUCUCCCUCCCUCAAUCUUUACUGUUGUUUAUUGUUGAAUCUGUGUGUCAGCCAGGAGAGCGCUGUCUGGCCUUGAACAUGGGCUGGGAUGGGAAAGGGUCUGGGAGAAGAUGGGCAAGAAAGAGCCGGGGAGUCAUGGCCAUCGCAGCGACGCAGACCCCAGCAGGCUCAGUCCCGUGCUGCCGCCAGCUGUCCAGCUGGGUGUCUGGAGGGAAGAGGGUCAUGUCCUUUCAGCUGGGGGAGGGGCCCAGUGAGCUCCAUGUGGCUCUUUCCCAAGGGGAGCAAGAGGGAAGGAUUGGGCGAGAAAACAAUGGAGAGGGGACCAGAGAAGGAAAACAGGGAGGAAGUGAGCGGUUUGAUCAGCCUGCUAGCAUGGUAUUCUGGCUCUCUUAUUUAGCCAGGCACUUGAGUGACAGAUACAUCACAUUCUAAGUUUGGGAAAGGCCUUUGAGCCACCUCAUCUGAGCCUCUCCUCCAGUAGCUCUGAAAGCUGUGGACACCAAUGGCCAGGAUUCCUUCUCCCCUGGCUUUUGAGGCCCCCUGGGUCUUCCGAGACUGGCCAGGAGAGGGAUGGAGGGGCCAGUGGUUGUGUGAGAGCAGGAGGGGCAGUCCUCCUGGACAAGCGUGAUGCCCCUAUAAAGGGCUCUCAGGAGGUUGGCAAGUAGGGGAUUCUGCCUUGUUCUGAUGAGCCUGCGCAGGGGCUCCAGGGGAACAUGCUGUCCAGGGAACACAGAAGGGUGGUGAGUGUGAUCAAAUCUAGUCUCACGCCCACUUUUCAGUUUCACUCCCACUUUUGUCCAUCACUCCUGCCUCCUGGAUCUUCUCCCACUUUUUUUUUUUUUUUUUCCAGUUUUAGGACCUGGGAAGAUCAUGUGAGUCAAGGGAGACACCCAAUUCUACCCCCACACUCGGGGUCCUCCAAGAGGUUAGGGGGCGGAGUCCCACAGCCGCCCUUUACCCCAGGUCCAGGCCCUGGAAUCCUGAGACUUGCGUUUCCUUGGCCAGUGGUAACACAGGACGUGUGUGUGCAUGUGCAAGUGUGGAUGUAUGUAUGUGCGUGUGUUUUGCUCAUCUCUUUAGGGAACUUGGGGGUAGGGGUUGGAGGUGCUGGGCAAUGGAACUUCAAGUUCAAUGUUGCCCAGCAGUGAGGGGAAUUGGGAGGUGAGGCCUGUAGGGCAACCAGUUGGUGGAGUCUCAGCGAUGGCCCAGGUGAGGAGUGGGCCACCCAGAGGGGCAGGGUGGGGGCCUCGUCCCUCUUGGCCCUUCUGUCCUCAAAUGUCCAAAAUGUUGGAGGACCUCUGUUCAUAUCCCACGCCUGGGCUCUUGCCAGCAGUGGAGUUACUGUAGAGGGAUGUCCCAAGCUUGUUUUCCAGUCAGUGUUAAGCCGUUUGCAACUCUCCUGUGUCUGUGUUUGGUUUGUGCGUGUGUGUGAGAGCACAUCAGUGUGUGCAGGCUGCGUUUCCCCAUUUCUCUCCUCCCUUCAGACCCAUCAUUCAGAACAAAUGUAAGAAAUCCCUUCCCACCACCCUCCCUGCCUCCCAGGCCCUCUGCGAGAGAAACAAGAUCACCCAGCAUCCUCCCCCACCCCAGCUGUGUAUUUAUAUAGAUGGAAAUAUACUUAUAUUUUGUAUCAUCGUGCCUAUAGCCGCUGCCACCGUGUAUAAAUCCUGGUGUAUGCUCCUUAUCCUGGACAUGAAUGUAUUGUACACUGACGCGUCCCCACUCCUGUACAGCUGCUUUGUUUCUUUGCGAUGCAUUGUAUGGCUUUAUAAAUGAUAAAGUUGAAGAAAACUCUG